GCAGCGGAUGUAGCUGCAACAGCAAUCUACUGUACAGUGGCAACAAUGUAGCAGUCAACGCUGAAAUAUAUUUCCGAAUUGUUUAGGAACGGCGUUGUAACCUUUAUUUAUGUCGAUAAAAAGUUUCGGGACACUAAAAUGCUUUUGUAACGACAGUUGUGCGUCCUGUCAGGAAAUACGAGGCGAGGGAAAGCCGAAGCCGAAGCUCUUAGAGGCGCUGCCUGUCCCCGCUUGAAGGUUUUGGAGGAGGACGCUGGGCUCCUCUUCUGGUUUACCGGCCCGAGUUUCGCGUUUCUCAUCGGUUUUAAUGGCUCCGCUCAACCUUCGGGACGCCAUUGGAACACCAGGGAAGGGCGUGUAGCGCUAGCGGAUACCGGGGGAGCAGCUCGUAGCGUUACCGCCUCCCACCUUCUUCAGCAACACCGACAGCACGGUAAAUAAAGCAGUUGGGGCGGCGAAGACUCUCACCGGGGCCCCGCGUACAAAAUGGGGAAUACAACCUCCUGCUGCGUGUCGUCGAGCCCCAAACACCGGAGGAGCAACCACUCUAGGCUGGAGCCCUACCGACCGGAGCCGGAGCUGAGUCGUGAGGACACGGGCUGCAAUCUCCAGCACAUCAGCGACAGAGAAAAUCUAGACGAUCUGCCCAUGGAAUACAAUCCUUCAGAUCAUCCUCGAGCCAGCACCAUCUUUCUUAGCAAGUCACAAACAGAUGUUUUGCUGCCCAACAAGCGAGUUCGAGAAAAGCGGAAGAGCCUUUACAUCAACCACUUCACACACAUUUCGGAAAACAAGCAUCAUCCAGGUCCACUGAGACGAAAGUACAGCUCCUGUUCCACCAUAUUUCUAGACGACAGCACAGUCAGUCAGCCUAACCUCAAAUACACCAUCAAAUGUGUAGCCCUGGCGAUCUACUACCACAUAAAAAACAGAGACGUCGACGGACGAAUGUUGUUAGACAUUUUUGACGAGAAGCUGCAUCCUCUCUCGAAGUCUGAGGUUCCUGCUGAUUAUGACAAAUACGACCCUGAGCAGAAGCAGAUCUACCGCUUUGUCCGGACGCUGUUCAGCGCCGCGCAGCUCACUGCCGAGUGUGCUAUAGUCACUUUGGUUUAUCUGGAAAGGCUCUUAACUUACGCUGAGAUUGACAUCUGCCCUGCAAAUUGGAAGCGCAUUGUGCUGGGAGCGAUCCUCUUAGCUUCCAAAGUUUGGGACGACCAGGCGGUGUGGAAUGUUGACUACUGCCAAAUUCUCAAGGAUAUCACAGUAGAGGACAUGAACGAGCUGGAGCGUCAGUUCCUGGAGCUGCUGCAGUUUAAUAUCAACGUACCGUCCAGCGUUUACGCCAAGUAUUACUUUGACCUGCGCUCCCUGGCUGAGGCCAACAACCUCAGCUUUCCCUUGGAGCCGCUCAGCAGGGACAAGGCCCAGAAACUAGAGGCCAUCGCACGGUUGUGCGAUAAGUACAAGGACGUGAGGAAACUGGCCAAGAAGCGAUCGGUGAGUGCGGACAACCUGACGGUGGUGCGGUGGUGUCCGGCUAUCAUUUCCUAACACCUGGCCACCUUCAGAGGAUCAGAGGAGUAAAUAGACCUUUGCCAUAUUGUUGCCUGAAAAGCAGGGAGGCGAGCGGUUCCGCCGACUGCAGGCCGGUGGGUCUGUCUGGAACAUGUACACCCACACAACACACAAACUUCCAUUCAGACUGGCACUUUGACAAGUGAGAUUGCCCUUUCCCUGGCUGUUGUACAUAAAAGGUCCCACUGGUUGCCUGAAUCAAAUUGAGCUGAAAGAUGUGGAAUGAAGAUCUAAGUUACAGGACGAAAGCAGGUGAAUGGAGAUGAAUUGAGAGACUGGGAAGUUUGAAAGCACUUCAAUAGGAAGACACAAGAGGAAAAAAAAGAAUGAAAGAAGUGUUUUAAUAGUUUUCUUUGAAGCUUAACUGGUUUGUACAUCUGAUUACAUUUCUUUAAUUCGAAUCCUCUGGUUUAAUCGAAUCCAUUACUGGAGCAUCAUUUUACGCCUCAUACAGACACAUUUCCUCACAAUGUUUGUGAUUUCUUAUUUUUUUUUCAUUCCCAUCAAACACUCAGAAAAAGAUUGUACAUUCCAUUUCCUGGGUGAGAGCAGAGGUGAUGCAUUUCAGUAGACUACAUAUCAUCAAACUAACCCGCUGAGUAUUUAUUAAAACUGUGGUCAUUUGGCUAAAUUUAUCCAGAGAAUUCAUCACACACCUAUUUAGAUCAGAUUAUACCUCAAGAAUCUUUUGUCAGGAAACGCUAAUUCAACCUGCAGAACCUGUGAGUGCAGAAACUCACCAAGCUCUUUCAAAUAAAGCAAUAUCCAGUCCACCUCUGUGUUUUGGAUGGAACACGAUUACAGGAAACACUCUGGAGAAGAUUGCCUUGAAGACGAAUGCGAGACAUACUGUAGAGUUUAUGUUGUGUCCACUGCCAUUGUCCCGACCUGUGGUGCCUGUAAUUAACCCUUCUUCCCCUCUCUAUCAGGACGAGAACAAAUUCAAUUUUUCUGCUUCACUAUUUUGUAUGGCUCUUCCGUCUUAAAAAGAAAUGGCACAAUAUGGAAUUUACAUUUCGAAGCCACUUAAAUAUGAUUCUUCAGGGGUUUUGUUGGUCUAAUGAAGACCAAAAUUAAUAAAAGCAAAACAUUCAGCGCUGAUUAAAACACUGCUCAGAAAAUGAGAGAUUGUAUAAAUAUAUAUAUAUAUAAAUAUAUAUAUAUAAACUUUCAGACUUUUCUUUGUACAGUGUAAAUAAAUUGUGAAAUUGUGAAAGACCUUUAGACUCACUAAAAGGUAUAUUGUAAAAACAGAAAAAAGGCUGCAAAGUGAUGUUAGAAAUAUUUAUAUCAGUUUUUAUGGAGGAUGGAGGCAGUGAAUAUUGUAUGUAUGACUUUGUGCUCCUGUGACAAAUCAAGUAAAGAAAAAAAAGUGAAGUAUUAAAAUGGGACACACCACUCAAGAUUAUUAUUUUUUGUCUAUCUCAUUAACAUUUGCAUAAUAGAAAUUGGUCACCUUUGAAUGUGUUACUUUUUAUAAAUGGUAUGUUGAUGUCACUAAAUAUUCACCAAACAUUUACACAUUUUCCAAAAGACUUCUUGAACCACACUGCCAAAUGCAACUGAAUUAAUUACUAAUUAACUUCAGUACAAGUUUUAUCUAGAAAUGGUUAGCAUUAGCUACGUAGCUAACAGUUGUUUCCUUUGUUUUUCAUUCAGUAUUCUUGCCCCCUCUUGUUCUAAUAUUAUGUUAAUUGAUGUAAAUGGUGUUAUUUGUCUUCUGUAUUAAUUAAUACCAUAGUUUGCUUAACUGAAUGUCCUGUAUACUUCACAUUUUAAUUUGACAUUUCUGAAGCUGGGUAUUGUUAGCUAAGAAGCUACCACCUUCUCAGCUACAUAGGUAGUUGGAUCAGAAAUCUUUGGCUUAGUGUUUAAAUAAACAAUGUUACUGAUCUAAACAGUUCGGUCACAAAUUAACCAAGAAAUUUUGAUACAGAAAGUUUAGUUUUGACCCAACUAUUUUAGUCCAUUUUGUAAUAAACCUCCGCUUGUUUUGGUCAGUUUCCGGAUUCCAAAGUAUUUAUAUUUUCUGGAUAGAAUCAGUAUUUUUUUUCACACCUCUCUUCUUCUAGUAGAGAACAAAAGGGGAAAAAGAAAAACGACGCUACGGACUGAAUACUUCUAAUUGUUCGACAGUAUUGGUGAACUUGUGGGAGAAACCUUUUCUUCUCUUUUCUUUACACCAGUGUUUGUUUGAAUAUGAUCAACUGGACUCGCAUUCCUUAGAGCUAUUACUAAUGAAAUAACAUAGGCUUAGAAAAAAAAAGUUAAAUAUUGAGCAGUCAGUUUCUAUUGUUUUUUUCUUAAAAAAACCCCCACAAAGGUCUGAAGAAGGUUCAUUUUCAACUUGUAUAUUGUACUUUCCACGUUAUGUGCAUUUCAUUGACGGCCUCCACCGUCUGCCAAACCGCUAAGGAACCAGUCAGCCAUUCACGUCUGACCUCCAUGAGUGAGAAGGGAAAGAACCGAACCAAAGUCGAGGAGAAAUGAAGGAAGAUGAUUUCCAGUGUGUUGCAAUUUCUCAGUCCACUUGCACAUUAGUUAAUGAGGAGGAGUUCAUAAGUGUCUGUAGGAAAGUGAUGCUACUAGAGUUGCUCAAACUGUCCUCAAAGAUUGUAUAUCGUAUUUAUUUCAUAUGUGUGUGUGUACAUAUGUUGAGGCCCCGGUGUUUUAAACGGCAAGAGCUGAGCGUUGUUGCCGUGUGGCCAGCUUUGUUUAGUUCUAAGGUGGAAAACAUACUAUUCUCACAGUGAAGACCGGGGGGUGGAGGCGCUUCGAUGGUUGGUUGCUAGAUGAGCGCCACAUCACUGAGCUCUACCUCUGCAUAGUUUCCUUUUUUCUUUACUUUCAUUCCUCUGUAUUUCAAAUGUUUUUGCGUUGAGAUGCUCAUUUUCGAUCAGAAUUCCCAUGCUAACAGUCCACUGCUGUAUCUGAACUCUUUCUUUUUUUCCCCCUCUCAUCCAUGGACAUUUUCAGCGAAUUGUAUUCUGUAGUUUUGUUUUGUGUAUCCCAGUGAGUCUAAUUUGCUUUUAUUCUUGUUCUCAGUUUGUCAAAUAGUUUGUUUUUUUUUCUUCUGUGUUUUCAACUGUGAUUUCUAUGUCUCCAUUCCUCCUCUGAAGCAGUGUUUAGGAAUAAAAUACAGCAAGAAUUAAAGCAAAUCCA